GAAUCAUUCAACUCUCCGCACAGACAAAAGCCUCUCUGUCUGCAGCCGACCUGUCCUCAGCAAACGCCGGCAAAAACUUUGUCCUACUGUGACGUGCACCCGCUUCCAACCUCCCGACCAACAACGUCAAACGACAUCACACGACCAGUCCGAAAAAAUAUCUCUACGCCACUGGGAGCACCUCAAACACCAUCGCGAUGGCGAACGAGAGCCAAACAUCCAUCAACAUCCCCCAAAUCAUCGCCGUCGCAGUCGUCGGCUUCCUCGCGAUACGAUGGUGGAUGAGCAAGCCCACCACCACCACAGGCGGCACAAACCGCUCAUCGCAAAGAUCAAGACCCGUCGAUCCCGCACAAAUCGAUCAAGUCGCCUCCAUGUUCCCGCAACUCGACCGACGCAGUAUAGCGUGGGACUUACAACGAAACGGCGGCAGCGUGGAAGCGACUACCGAGAGAGUACUGGGCGGAAGAGGCCUGGAGACUCCACCACCGACGUUUCAACCUGAUCUCCCCAACACACCUGCGACGACGACUGGUAGUGCGAGAAAUUCUUCUUCGGCGGGGAAGAGUGAGCUUUCGCGACCGGAUCUUAUUACGAGGUAUGGGUUGCAGAGUAGAGUUGGGGGGAAGGGGAAGGAGGCUGUGCUUAGUGAGGAGCAGAAGAGGAUGGCGCGUGGGUGGAGUUCGGAUAAGGUUGCGAGAGCUGAGGGGUUGAAGAGGAGGAGGGAAGAGAUGAUUUUGGCGGCGAGGAGGAAGAUGUUGGAGAAGGACAACGAGGUUGCUGUAUCAUCGUGACGGCGGAUUUCUUGAUUUUUCUCGCCUGGUUUGCUUGCUUGCUUGCUUGGAUGUCCUGUCCUGCGCUCUGAGUGUGAGAUGCUUUUUCUUUAAGCUGUGUAUAUGUAUAUGAACCUGCGCUUCGAGUUUCAUAUCUACAUCAGCUUCAAGUUUUCAG